UAGUAGUUUUUCCAACCACGAGGCUCACACAGAGAGUUGUCUCGCCAAAGGAGAGGGAAAAUGUCAUUGUCUUUUUCUCCUGUUCAUGUUCUCACCACUUAUCAUACGGAAUAAAAACCUUGUUAAACUGGGAUUAUCUUCAAUCUGAAUUCAGUAAAACAGAUUUAAUCUCAGACGGAUUCUUCUUGUGGGACUAGUUCUAUUAGGAUCCUACUAGUUCUCUGGUGUGGAUAUAAUACCAGUCUGUCUCUGAGAUGGGGUCCAGAACUCUUCUACUUGUUCUGGGUCUUCAUUUCACUCUACUGGGGAACAUAGAGGCCAGAGAUUGCAGCCUGGGCUUCAUUGCCAAAGGGAGACAAUGUGAUGAUAUAGAUGAGUGUAAAGAGUGGGACAGUAACCCACCCUGUGGAAGUAAUGCCACAUGUUACAACACACAGGGGAGCUUCUACUGUCACUGUCUACCUGGGUUCAGAUCCACAACAUCUUUGAAGUUUACUCCUUUUGCUGGGGAGUGUAAGGACCUCAAUGAGUGCCUGGAGAACCCACCGGUUUGUGGCAGCAACACCAUUUGCAUCAACACCAUCGGGAGCUUCAACUGCCAAUGUCAACCUGGGUUCAGAGUUACUUACGCUGGACACUGUGCAGAUGAGGAUGAGUGUGUGUGGGUUCCCCCGGUGUGUGGCGCUCUGGGCAUGUGCACAAACACAGCUGGCCGAUACACCUGCACCUGUCCGCCAGGGCUCAGUAACCACGGCAACAACACUGCCCCCUGCACAGACAUAGAUGAGUGUAAUGAGAUCGCUGGUAUCUGUGGAGUGGGCGGGGACUGCCAGAACCAGAAAGGAAGCUACAGUUGCCUCUGUCACCCUGGAUACAGUAACUACGACAACAAACAGGCUCAGUGCUCAGUACUGACCUGUGACCAGUUCAAAGCGAAUGAGACUCCUGGACAGACUGUCCCAGGUUUAGCUGGUCUCCUGUCUCUGAUGAGGAACAGCUGUCUGGCGUUAAGUAACUCUGGGGACGCAGCCGGAGGGAGACUGACUGGAGAGGUGCUACUGGAGAAUGUCUUCACGGAGAUGGACGGCCUCUUGUCUCACGCUAUCCUAAACAACAGCCGGGAGGUGAGUGGGUUGCUAGGCACCGUGGAGGACGCCAUGAGGUUCAUCGGGCCGCAGCUCAGAGAUACCCACACCACCAUGGAGACAGACCACACAGCGACUGAGCUUGCAGUGAGGAGGGGACAGACUCCGCCCACUGGGCCAAUCAGCCUGGCCAAUGACAACGCUCGGCUGGACACCAGCUGGGAGACAGCCACCGGCAACGGGACGUACCCAGGUUUCACUCUGGCUGGGUUGGUGUGUUACAAGACAGUGGAGAGAUCUGUCAACAACUCCUUCCAGUACCUCACUGACACAGUCACAAACAGAGACACAGCAACCGCCACAGCAUCAAAGCCUAGCUACCAGAUCAGUUCCAAGGUGGUAACAGCCUUUGUCAGUAACCCAGCAACAGACCACCUCACCCAGCCUGUCAUCCUCACCUUCAAACAUCUACAGGUGAGGGCUGAGUCAAUGGAGAUGAACUACACCUGUGUGUUCUGGUCGGAGGGGCGUGUCCAUGAAGAGGGAGGGGCGUGGUCAAGGCAUGGCUGUACCAAAGUCACGUCUAACGCUACACACACCGUGUGUUCCUGUUCCCACCUUAGCAGCUUUGCUGUUCUCAUGGCCCUCUACCCUGUACAGAACACCUUUGAGCUGCGUCUGUUGACGUGGCUGGGUCUGUCGUUGUCUGUGGUGUGUCUGUUGCUGUGCAUCCUGACAUUCUGGCUGUGUCGGUCCAUCCAGGGGACACGCACCACCAUCCACCUCCACCUCUGUGUUUGCCUCUUCAUCGCUGACCUCGUCUUCCUCAGCGGUAUCUCUCACACACAGAGCAAGGGAGGAUGUGGGUUUGUAGCAGGUCUCCUCCACCUGUUCUUCCUAGGAUCCUUCAGUUGGAUGUUGUUAGAGGGGGUUCAGCUCUAUCGCAUGGUGGUCCUGGUCUUCAACACUACCAUAAGACCUCUGUACCUGCAUGCUGUGGGAUAUGGACUACCACUGACUAUAGUCAUCAUCUCUGCUAUCACCUACCCAGAUGGAUACGGUACCACACAACACUGUUGGUUGUCUCUGGAGAGAGGAUUCAUCUGGAGUUUCUUCGGCCCAGUGUGCACCAUCAUCAUCCUCAACACUUUCUUCUUCAUCAUCACUGUCUGGAGGCUGGCCCAGAAGUUCUCUAGUCUCAACCCUGACCUCUCCAACCUACGCAAGAUCAAGUAAGGAGAGAGAGAGAGAGAUGGGGAGAGAGAGAGAG